GACAUUCACAGGUGUGGGAAUGGCUCUGCGGAAAAUGGGUGCCAUGGCCAAGCCAGACUGUGUCAUCACUACUGAUGGCAAAAACCUCACCAUAAAAACCGAAAGCACGUUGAAGACCACACAGUUCUCAUGCAACCUGGGGGAGAAGUUUGAAGAGACUACAGCCGAUGGCAGAAAAACUCAGACGGUCUGCAACUUUGUAAACGGCGCACUGGUUCAGCAUCAGGAGUGGGACGGGAAGGAAAGCACCAUAACGCGAAGACUGGAAGGCGGGAAGCUAGUGGUGGAAUGCGUCAUGAACAAUGUCAACUGUACUCGGAUCUAUGAAAAAGUAGAGUAAAACUUCCACCAUCCUUCCGGACAGGAAUUAGCCGUGAGGAUAAACAAGCUCAGUUCAAUGAGCAAAUCUCUCCCUGCUUUUUUUUUUUUUCACUACUGUGUUCAGUUAUCUUUAUCACAAACAUUUUACAUGCAACUAUUUCUGAGUGUUGGUUUACUGAGGAUCAACCCUUUGGUUAGUAAAUAAAUGUGUUUGUGCUGUA